AUGGCUGUUGCUCCCCAUCUACACACGAAUCGCUCAUCGCGUCCAUCCUAUCCAAUACGUAAGCGCACACCGGACCAUUUUCAUGGUCCGGUGGAGGCGGUCCAGGCGAGGCAGCCAGCACCGCUACCACCCCCAAGCGUAGCCGGUACCGCCGCAGAGCUCGAUACGGAGCCUCCAUUUGUAGAAGAGCUGCAGGCGACCUGGGACUUGAUUGAGACGGGUGCUUAUAGUGAUUGUCAGGAGUCUAUCGAGCUUGCAUCUAUUCAUUUGCCUGAUCACGAGGAGGAUCCGGUGCGAAUUGAGCUGAAUGGCGUCAUGGUGGAGCUGCCCAGUCAACACGCAAUAUCUCUGGAGACCUUGGGACUGGGUCCAAACAAUUUCUUGUACGUGGAUGGCAUUUUUAAGCCAUUAACGCGGGAUGGCAUCCCUCUCGAAGAGUUGAGAGCGAAAGACGGUAUAAAGCUUCGUACUCAAGCGUACCCAGCCAUACAACCACUUGCGUACGUUUACUGGUGCUGUAUGCAAACUGUUCCGUCCAGGGAUACCAUCGCCAACUUCCUGCAGUCACCAUGGGGCAGAACUAUCGUAAACGCUGCGAACGCUUUGCUCAUGGCUUUGAUGGCACGCCCUGGUAUUAAUAUCUCCUCGCCGCCAGUCCAGGUCAUAGUUGCGGUGGUUUCAGGUGCCAGAAUGCUAGAUCUCAUGAUAAAAGAGACGAUUCUGAAGCUUUUGACGGAAGCGAAACUAUCGCUCUCACACGCCUUGUUUGCUCUUCUGGUUUGCGAGAUUUGCCUCAUCAUUGGAGCAUCAAUUCCGUUUCGAUGUUUGCUAUUGAUCGAGUAUCAUCUUCUCCCGUUACUCUUCGUUGCUUGGACUUGUGUCGGCUCUCUGAUACAUGGCAUCUGGAUAUUGGGUGGUCACUUGUCCAAAGGGCGUGGGUUAAAAGGCGUCAUCAUUGGACAGAUCUUGUGGUGUUUACCUGUUCUCUUAUUCACGGCUAUCUUGAUGGGCGAUAUAAUAUUGCGCAUGAGGAUGGACGUGAAUAAUUUGCUGACCUGCGAUGUAGAAGGUGUAGCCAGUAUUGGUAUGAGUACACGAAUUGGAGAGCUGGGGUUAUCAGGAGGGCAACCAGAAAGGAUUAUGUUGUAG